GAGCCAACUGCAAUAGACAAUACGUUAGUGUAAACAGCAAUUUUCCUGUGGAGCUGAGAACUUCAAAUCAAGCACCACCACCUCUCAGUUUAACUAAGGGAGCUAUUCUUGCCCAAAAAAGAAUCUACUGUCUUCUCUCUCCUACACAUCAAGUCCAUAUCUUGCCAAAGAACAUUCACAUGACUUUGUUUCUUGUGAAAAGGAUAAAUUUCCACCACUUUUUGCUUACAGUUGGAUCUCCACCAACAACUGCCGCUCAUUAUCCACACAAACAAAUUCAUCUUCUACUAUGUGAUAAUGCUUUGAAGGCUAUUCACAGCUAGCAAAACAACUAUUCCUAAAGAAGCUAGCCAAUGUUUAAGCCAUACUCUUUAUCUCCAAAGUUAGCCAUGAAUCCGAUGAUUCUCUUUGUCGUUUCAUCUUUGUUUAUUAAUUCCCUAUAUGCGGGAGUUGAGCCAGCAAAAAAUAACUCCCAGAUCAUUGUGAUGGGUUUUGUUUAUUGUGACAUCUGCGCCAAUAACAGCUUCUCCAGACACAGCUACUUCUUACCAGGUGCAGAAGUUACAAUAGAUUGCAUGUUCAAAGCCAUCUCCCUGAAAACCAUAGAACAGAUAUCAUUGUCGGUGAACAGAACUACAAAUAAGUAUGGAGUUUACAAGUUGGAAAUACCAUCGGUUGAUGGAAUUACAUGUGCAGAAGAUUCUGAAAUCGUGUCUUCCUGCCAGGCAAGCUUAAUACGGAUUUCAUCUUCUUCAUGCAAUAUUCCUGGUUACAAGACCACAUCAGAUCAAAUAGCAAUAAAAUCAAGACAAGCCAAUCUCUGUAUCUACAGCCUAAGCGCAUUGAAUUUUAGACCAUCCAAGAUAGAUGUCACCUUAUGUGGAUAAUAAAUAGAUGGCUUCUCAAGCUCUUUCCACCAUGCUUCCACAACAUGGUUCCUUCCCUAUGUAAACAAUCUUUGCCUUCAAAAUACAUCCUACUGUCCUACUAGCACCAUCAUGGCUCUUUUACAUUCCCCAUGUACACAGAAUCCAGGAAACCCAAUACCUUGGAUACCUUUUCUCCUGGCAGCCCAUCACUGAGAGAUUAGUCUUUCAUUUUCUUUACUGUCUUAUUUGUCUGGUUGUUUGGCUAUACUAUGUUUGCAGAAAAUAUGUGUAUAGUUUGGGUGCAAGAAGAAACUUCACUUGCCAAUGUUUAUAAGAUUAGGUCCUUGUUACAAUGUAUGAAUUGUGUAUUGAGUUUUCUCUGGUCACUGACAUUAUGAAGGAAAAUUUAAGCAGCUUGA